UGGGCGGCUGUCGAGGGCCCAGUAGUCUCCAUGUGAAGGGCAGACAUGGCCGACGUGUGGGACCACAUACUGCUUCUUCUGCUGACGCAUCAAACAGCGCAUGUCUGCUCCCUAGAGAUAUGUACCCCAGUCCUUUCUUGUGCUGAUGGCUUGUACUGCUGCCGUACUGCUCCCAAUGGAUGCUGCCCAGAAGCCGAGAGGCUGGAGGCGGGACACGGAGCGGCCGCCGCUGCCUACCGCCUCCGGGGGGCGGGCCCUGCCCCCCGCCUCCGUGAGGGCGCUGCCCGCGCCUCCAGGCUGGACUCCAGGCUCUGCCUUCGCCGCCGAGACUCCGCCCCACUCUCCAGACACUGCCUCCGCUUCUGAGACGGCGCCUCUCCUCUCAUCGGGAGAAAACCACUGACGUUACACCAUUUAAUGUGUUCCUCUCAUCUCACGAAUUAAUCUCUAGCGUUCCACGUAUCAUUAACAUCAUCUGCCACGCUGUUGUCUACACUCUGCAGAACGACGACGUCAGCUGUUUUUGCUUCCGCUAGUGUAAUCCGUGCAGUAGUGCUGUAAACUGUUUUAACGCUAUGAAUGUGUGUUAUGGAAAAGUAGACAUGAAUGUGACUUUAUAAUGCAAGUGUCUCCAACACUCAAAGGCGGGAACAGUGAACAAUCGCAAUUAAAUGCGAAAUUGGAAAUCGCAAAACUGUCAUGAGGAAACCUAGAUUUCCUAUCUUAUUGAAGUUAAGUAUUUUUUUCUUGUGACAAGGCAUUAAUAAUGUACUGCAUUUAGUAGUAUUUAUCAUUCAAGAAUUUGUUGGAGUUCAGUGAACAAUUUUUAUGUUGCUAACAGA